UCGCCAAGGCUCCUCGGGAACACUGCCACAAUCGAGAGAGAGCCGAAGAAAGAGCGAGGGAGCAGAGAGGAAAGGAAAAAGCCAUGCCUGCAGUCGAGAGACUUGGCAGGACUUCCCUUCCUUUGUCUGUCUGGCUCAGAGAUGCAGCGCCAGAGGAAAUCAAGAAACGUCCAGGCAUGGUGGUGGUGAAGGUGGUGGUGGUGGUGGAUGGGGACAAGCUUUGCAUCGGCUUCAAAAAGACGGGAGAGAAAAAGUAUUUUCAACGGACUGAAGCGUCUUUGAGGUCAAUGGAAAUCAGAAACAAACAAGCCCUUUUCUCUAUUUAAACGAAAUUCCGCAUUGGACCAAUUGGACGCGAUUAGGUUUUGGAGACAAAGUGUAGCGUGACUACAAUGUGCAAAAGGUCGACCUGUGAUUUUAAUGCUAAAAAAGUAGUUUAUAAAGCAUUCGUAUUUCUUGGAGCGCUAAACAGCAUCUGUGAACUGGACAAGGCCGGAUACUGGACUUCAGAGACUCUCAUAGUAGCCAGAGGAAGGCCAUCUGUGUGCAGCGCAAGAGAAAAACAUGAUGUGAAUGGAAACAGGACUGUUCCACCUUUUCCAGAGGGAACAGAGAUGGCCAUGUUUGGUAUGGGCUGCUUCUGGGGUGCAGAGAGGAAGUUUUGGAGGCAAAAAGGAGUUUAUUCUACCCAAGUGGGCUAUUCUGGGGGUUACACAUCUAACCCCACCUACAAGGAAGUUUGCACAGGCAGGACAGGCCACGCUGAGGUGGUCAGAGUUGUCUUCCAACCAGAGCAGAUCAGCUUUGCCAGUCUCCUCAAAGUCUUCUGGGAAAGCCACAACCCAACUCAAGGGAUGCGUCAGGGGAACGAUAUUGGGACGACAUACCGCUCUGCCAUCUACACCUACACAAAGCAGCAGCUUGAGGAAGCUCUGGCCUCCAAAGAGCAAUACCAGAAGGUACUAACACAGGCAGGUCACGGUUCCAUCACCACAGAAAUUGCUGAGGCCAAGCAGUUCUACUAUGCUGAGGACUACCAUCAACAGUACCUGAGCAAAAACCCCGAUGGAUACUGUGGACUGGGAGGCACAGGUGUCGCGUGUCCGAUGGGAAUCAAGACGAAGGCCUAGACAGCCAAAAACAGCGAGAAAUAUCUCUGAUCUGUCUGCAAGGAUGCCACAAUGGAUCGAUUUGAAAGAGAAUAUUCACUAAUGCAAAAAGUUUUGUGUUUCAGAUGAUUAAAUUCCUACCAUUUGACAUAUUUUAUGGACUUUUUUUUUUUUUUACAUCGGAUUAUAGUCCACAUUUAUCUGAUGAUUUUUUUUUAAGGAUCAGUACCUGCCAGAUGUCACCCUCUGACACAACAUAAACUUUGAAAGCCAGUAAAGACUCUUCACAGUCUUUUGAAAAAAUCUUUUGAAAAAGGUGUAGUCCAAAAAAGUUCUGCGACACAUAAUCGAUGAUGAAAUGCUGAGUAAUUUCAUGCAUCCUGAAAAGGUGGUGUUUAAAAUGAAAUCUUGUCAGAGAGCAGUGAAAUCCUGCACAGCAUUAAGAAUUGUUAGUGUGUGGAGUGCUUUUUCACUGUAGUAGUUUGUUUAAUCAGCUCUUAUAAUUUGCAACUGCUUUGGGAAAAUUAUACGUUUGUUGCUUAAGUUCCUUUAAAAACAUAUUUGAGAGUGGGCUGCUGUCUAAAGACUAAAAGGAAUAAAACAGCUUGAGAACUUGC